AUGUUCGGGAUUCCCUGGAUCGACCUACAGUUGUCUGACCCUCAUUACGACCCGACGACCUUUCCGCUGUAUGCGGCUGUCGGAGGCGCUUUGGUAGAUCUAGCCGUCUACAGGAGCCGAGGACGGCUGUCGGAUCUCGAGGGCCAGCUGGAAGAGGCCUUAGAAACUUUCAGGGCCUCGGAGCUGCACGAGGCAGGCAGGGCCGCCGUAGAGGCGAAGGCCGAAAACGACCGGCUGGAUAAGUUAUGGAGGGACACGGAGACCUACUGGGAGGAUCACCUGAAGAACUCCAUACAGUUAGAGAUAUUGGCCAACAAUCGCCUCCCGACAUUCGAAGCCAAGAUACGGAAGAAAAAGAAGGACGAGGGCUUGGCCAAACCAGACCCGGAGGAUUUUAUUCCCCGCAAUUAUUUCAAGAGUGUCUUGGUACAUCUCCGGAAGGCUUACGCCUUGGUUGCUGUAAAAUGGGAUCGGUCCUCUGACAAGAUUGAGGCUCUUCGGGCGUAUGCUGGUCAGCUUCGGGCAGCUUUGGAAAGCGUGAUAUCUUUUAUCGUAGAGACGGGAAAGGAGUAUGAUUUCGAGGCAUUGUGGCCCGAGCCCUGUCCGGCCAUGCGAGACGACCCCACUUCUCCAACUCGCGAAACUGAACGCCUGAUAUAUGAGAACGACGCUCUGUUUUACGAGUUAGGUCAAGAGUCUCACUAG